GGAGGAUUAGAGCCAGUGACGUCACCGCGAGGCUGGUUUUCAUUGUGUGCUCGUGCGCGGCGUGCGUGCGUGUGUGUGAGGGGGUUGAGCUGCAGAAGCUGAAGCAGCGACAGAAGGCGACGACUCCACAGCGCGACCGGCUGCUCCGAACCCGACAAGAUGAGAAGUUUGCUUUCAGUGACGCUGCUGCUGCUGCUGCUUCUGGCCCUGAUGCUCAGCACCGAAGCAAGCAGACGACCCAAAACCCACAAAGGAGGGAAACCCAGGCCCGAGUCGGAGUGCAGCUCGGCAGAGACCCAGUACGGGAAGUGUGUCCCAGAGAAGGGAGACUGUGGAGAUGGACUGAGAGACGCCACCUGCAGAGAGGUUACCGACAAGAUCCCCUGCCGGAUCCCCUGCAACUGGAAGAAGGACAUCAGUGACUGCAAGUAUAAGUUUGGACCGUGGGGAUCCUGCGAUUCUGCCACCAAAACCAAGACUCGAUCAGGGACGCUGAAGCGAGCGCUCUUCAACGCCGAGUGUCUCGCCACCGUCAAAGUGUCCAAACCCUGCAGCCCCAAAGUCAAAGGAACCGGAGGUGGGAGGAAGUCCAACUAGCGGCAGAAGAUGCAGGCGGCACCAGGUUCCCGCUGCAGUCCUUGGUCCGAGACCAGAACCAGCUUCACGUCCUUCCACUUGUUCUUGUUUUACCUAUUUGUGAUUUGAUGUGUUUGUGGACGUUUCCCACGAGUUAAUGGAAAAAGUCCGUAGUGUUUUAACAGGUAGGUUUUCUGUAGCUCUAACAGCUCAGAUGUUCUGACCCAGUCUGAACUUAACUCCAUGGACUGGGACGAUGACAUCUGGGCUUUGGACCUUCGCCUCCAAAACAUUGAGGUUCACUGUAACCAUAAAAUCCACAAAAUCUAUUUUUUGAACUACAGAAUGUUGAAAAAAACAUGCGACUUAUGUAAAAAGAAAUUAAAUACUGUACUGGA